GCUCAUUCUAGUAUGACAGACAGCCUUCCAAGUUAGCUCCUCCGGCGAUUGUUGAAUGGACCUCUGAACAUUUACGAUCUCAUGUCCGACCAAUGAUAUAUCUCAUCAGUUUAACAUUUUCUAUGUUGUAGCUCGGUUUUCUUUCGAUCAUCCAAACGGAGCCAGAUCCGAUUCGACUCGAAUCACAAUGGGAUUACUACGGACCAUAGCGCUCGUCAUCCUUGGAAUUUCAGGUUUCGUAUUUGUCGCCCUCUUUGGAAAACUUCCUGCAUUUCGCAAAACUCCCAUUGGGUUCUUGAAUCGAGUUCUCUGGAUACAUAUCCCGAAUGGGCUCGCAUACUUCGAUGACCGACUGUUUAGUGGCCGGCUCUUCUCUUGCUGCAGUCGAGCUGGCAACUAUGUUCUCAACGAGAACCACCCGCUUGUCCUUAUAUUCUUCGCCUCACUCCUGGUAGCUGGCCAGUGUAUGUUCAUUCCAGCCGCUUGGGCCAGGAUCUCCAUGGUCCAUCACCUAUGGAUCCCGCUCAUCGUAAUCUUCCCUUAUUACUUCUUAUAUGCGAGCAUAACCACCAAGUCCUUUAUCACACUGAGGAACCAUGCGGAGGAAAUGGAACGCUACCCUUACGAUAGGGUUCUCUUCCAUCCCGGCCACCGGUGCAGUACUUGUCGGUUUCUGAAGCCGGCGCGAAGCAAGCACUGCAGCACCUGCGGAGCAUGUGUUUCCCGACACGACCAUCACUGCGUGUGGCUUAUGAACUGUGUUGGGUUGCACAACUACCACUACUUUCUGUCGCUGAUCUUAUCGCUCUGUGUCAUGUUGGUUUAUGGCUCAUGCCUUGGAUACACCCUGUUGCACCAGACCUACGACAAACUGAUCCCCGCAGAUAGUUCUCUGCGAACCACGCGCCAGAGCUGGACCACCUUUGCCAACGUCUGGGCCGUGGUCAUUGCUGCCGAUGUUCGCAUCGGCGCGACCACCCUGUUAAUGACUAUGACCGCCCCUUUGGCAGGGGCGUUCCUUGUGUACCAUACCUAUCUGAUCUGGGCCGGGAUGACCACCAACGAAAGCUCCAAGUGGGCUGACUGGAAGGAAGAUGUUGCCGAUGGCUACGUGUACAAAUCGGCCAAGGCUGAAAUUUAUGCCAAAUCGCCCCUACUCGCAGAAUCCCAGGGGCCGCCAACAGACUGGCCUUUGAGCAGUGAGCAGGUCCUCGCUCUCAAUGGGGAGCCUCCGAGAGAAGGGCAUCUGUUGUCUCCAAAUUCAAAUGAGAUAGAUGGGCCGGUGGACCGCGAUGCUGCCAUCGAUCCCAGGUGGACCCCAGUCCAUAGUAUGAGAGAGAUCGACAACAUCUAUGAUCUCGGGUUCUGGAACAACCUGCGCCAUGUGUUCGGACUCUCAAUCCAUCCAAAGGCACUCGUCACUUAUUCCCCGCCCAAGAUGGCCGACCGGGCAACAGCGGAGAUGAAGCCCAAGUGCACCCCCGCCGAGCUUAUGCUCAAAGUUAUUUUAACGGGGACCUUGAGCCACUAUGAGACCCGCGGCAUGAUCGACGACAAGCGGCUGGAGCACAUGCUUUCUGCGGGCAAACAGAUUUUAUACAAGACGCACCAAGAAAGCGAUGUCAGGCAUAAUCUCGGGUUGUCGCCGGACAUCUGGCAAGGGUUCACAGAUGUGUUAACAAAGGCGAUCCCCGUUCUCGAGUCCCAGUCCUUCGCUUGGAAAAGCCCCCCGACCGCCAACUACGAUCACUCUUCCUCCAACCUCAUAGCCUACAACUACUUCUCGCUCGUCAAGGAUAUCGAGCGCCUCAACGACUUAUGUACCAUCGCCCGCAAUCUACUCGCCACCACGAAAAAGGCCCAGAAUAUGGCAGCGGAGAAGGGCUUCGACCAACGGAUUCUCGCUUUGGUCGAUACCUGUGUUCGAGUCACCGCGCGGGGAUUCGACGGCGAAACGAAUGCACGGAAUGAGGAGCGCUGGCAGAAAGUCGUCAACCUCUACAAGCGUCUUCUGAUCACGUGCCUGCAGUUCAUGCACAACUUCAUCAUGCACAACGAGCAGCGCAAGAUGGUUUUGUGGCUCGACUUGUUCGGAUACCAUUCCACCGGGGACUCGAACAUCAUCCAACCCAGAGAACCGCUUGAUCCGGCCUUCGCUCAGCCUGAAGGGGUGGCGCCGAUUGUCAAGACCGGGGAACGAAUCGUCAACCCUCCGAUCCGGGCCCUUUACGACCAGACCGCGGAGGACUUGCUUCUGGAAACGAUCUCUAAUUUCCCCCGGGAGCCGGCUACGAUCAAGGAGGAGGCGGCAAUGCUGCUGCUUGCGAACAUCAAAGAUCACAUGGAGAAGCUGCUUGGGCGCGACUUGACCGCAAUACAAGAAAUGGGGAAGGAUCCGGAGCAGGUCAAGGAGAUCCGCGCAGCUUUGACUGCCAUACUCGGAGCCAAGGUAGAAGGGUGGUCCGAUCUCCAAGACAGAGCCAAGGACCUCCCACCAGCCCUGCCGGAAGACGAACCACCUCGCAAAAAGGCCAUCGUCACAAUAGACCGGAGCGCAACAGCUGGGUUCCCGCGGGUUUGCUGGACCGAUCUCCCCGAUCUUAGCGAGUACGGGGCGCUUUCUGCUGGUGACGCGGUUGUUAUGGAGGAGGAUAUGAGUAUGCCCCGGUCGGCUCAGUCUGCAGCCGAGACUCUGCAGGAGGCAAAGGACGAGUUGAUGGCGCGGUUGCAAGAGAGCUCCCAAAUCGGUGGCGACGCAGACCAGGACUACGAUACUGGAGAUGCGGGUACUGUUGGUGAUGAUGAUUCGCGCAGUCUGGAGGCUGUUGCAGAUGGAAGUAUGGAGGAGGAAGAAGAGGAUGAUGACGAAGACGACGAUGACUACCGUGGUCGUCCAGGAGAUCAACAGCGCGGCUUGCUUACGGAUAUUCCGCUUGUACUGGGACCAGCAGAGAUCGAAGCGCUUCCGAUGAUCAUCCAGGCAGGUAUUGUCGACAGCUUCGGGCUGAAGGGUGGAGAGAGAACAGGGUCACGGAAUAUGCAGGCGCUGCGAUGCCAUAUCCUGCUCACGCAAGAAACCGGUCGAAACCUACUAAGGGAGUUGUUGAUCUUCAUUGCCGCCUGGGAUCUUCCCGAUGACGAGCUAUACUUCAAGAUGAUGGUUCAGAUCAUGGAUGCAGUCCUGAAAAACGGUCUCAUGUCGCAUGCGUAUUCCGAUUUCGGUCAACCUAAGGAUAUCAUCUCUCCUGCGCAGGCUGUCGUGGUAAAGAUCCUCACGCAUAUCUUCCGAGCAAAGUAUUCUCCGGCGUCGGUCACUGGCACACCCCAGCAUACCACAAGCAAGAACCCAGCGCCUCUGUCCCGCGUGGAUAUCCUUACCGUUCGGUACAUCUUCACCAUCUUCCGAGGCAACAUUAUCCCUGAGACUUGUGCUUUGAUUUACUUGCAGGGGCAGAUCCGAGCCGGAAGAGCCUUGCCAGAGGACUUCCCCUUGAAUCUGUGGGAUAUGGAGCGGGUCUACGAAGGUGUCUACCAAUUCUUGGAGUUUUUCGCCGUGCUGACUGAAAACAACGACUGGAAGAAUCUGCUUGUCAAGUGGGAGAUUGUGUAUGACUUGGUGACAUUGAUCAAGGAGCUUGAGGCCAGCAUUCCUAAGGGCCAGCUGAGUUCUCUCACUCUGGGCCGCAACAGUCCGUCCAGAGACCAUCAGUCCAACUUGAGCUCCGGACCCGUUGCAGUCGAGAGACCAUAUGAUCCCGGUGACCCCGACCCCGUCGAUGCCGGGCCCGGCUCAAGAGCUGAGUCGCCCCCAAUCACAGAGGAUCCGUCCGAAUUCGAGUGGCGCAAUCUUAAGAAGCUGGUUGUGCUUGUUCUCUCGUCUUUGGUGUGGAAGUGCCCAGAGGUACAAGACCAGAUCCGGCGCUACGGGGGUGUGGAGACUAUCCUGUCCUGCACCAACUUCGACGCUCACAACCCCUACAUUAAGGAGCAUGCUGUCAUGUGUCUGAAAUUCUUGCUGGAGGGUAACCGCGAGAACCAGAAGAUGGUGGAGGAGUUGGAGGCGCGAGAGGUGGUCAAGGAUGACAAUGGGGUCCUAGAGAGAAGCGGCCUGGAAGCUAUCAUUGACAAGGCGGGCAAGCUAGCCCUCCGCCCCAAGGAGGAGCUGUGACCGGGCCCGGCCCUCGUGGCCGUGAGUGUAAAUUGUAAAAUGUAC